AUGGGUGAUACGAAUGGACACGUGGUAGCUGGUGGCAAUGGCCGAGGAAAUCGAUUGGAUCAAUUGUAUCGACUAACCGAUGUGUUGAUAGACAAAGAGACUGAUAGUCUCAUUAUUUGUAAUUGGGGGAAUCGACGAGUUGUACGAUGGUCUCGUCAUAGUGGCACAAAUCAAGGAGAAAUCCUCAUUGGCAACAUCGAUUGUUGGGGAUUGACCAUGGAUGAUCAGAGAUAUCUCUACAUCUCUGACACCAAAAAAAAUGAAGUACGACGAUAUCAAAUAGGAGACAAGAAUGGAACUAUCGUAGCUGGUGGCAAUGGCCAAGGUGCUGGUCUCAAUCAACUCAACUGGCCGACCUACAUCUUUGUUGAUCAACAAAAGACUGUCUAUGUGUCAGAUCACAACAAUCAUCGUGUGAUGAAAUGGAAUAAAGGUGCAAAAGAAGGAAUUGUCGUCGCUGAAGGUCAAGGCGAAGGGAGUUCUCUGACACAAUUGUCGUAUCCUCGAGGACUGUUCGUCGAUACGUUGGAUACCGUCUAUGUGGCAGACUCAGCGAAUGAUCGUGUGAUGCGUUGGCCUAAAGGAGCGAAGUAA